CUCCCGCCUGCCCCGGGACAGCGGCAGCUCCUGCGCGGCCCCCCGAGGGCUGGGAAGGGGUUUAAACCCCGCUGAGGCGGGAGCGGGGUGGCGGUCACCGACUGUCCCAGCGCAGAAGCGGCAGCGGGGCCGGAGCCGGGCCCGGUUCGGGCGGGGAGAGCCCGGUCCCGGCGGGGGGAACGGAAAGGGAGCGGGAACGGAAAGGGAGCGGGCUCGGGCCCCACCCGGACCCCCGGCACAGCGGGCACUUCCGGCGCGGCAGCCAAUCAGCGCUCAGCGCCCCACGUGACCGCCGCCUGUCACCCGCCAAGAUGGCGCUGUCCAGGGUGGCGGCCCGUGGGGGGCUCUGGCGCCUCGGCCCCGCCGCCCUGAGCCCCCCUCGGGGGCGGAUGCAGCUGCAGCUCGCCCUGGGCGUGUCCAGGUCCCAGGGCCGCUCGUUCUCCUCCCGCGCCGCCUCCCGCGCCCUCGUGGCCGCCGUGGCCGCCGCAGCCCGGCGGGUCAGCGCCAGCUACGAGCGGUUCCUGCAGAGGAGCUUCCCCCGCUUCUACCUCCUCUACAGCACCUUCAAAACAGGAAUCCAGACGCUUUUCCUGGAGGCCAAGGAGAUCCGGAGGAUCAAAUCCAAGAUGUCUCAGCAGCGGCUGAGCUCGCAGCAGCUCCCGUACCGCGAGAUGGAGCGGCUGCGGCAGUUCCGCAGGGACGUGCUCAAGGCCAUUCCCAUCGGGAUCAUCGCCAUCCCCCCCUUCGCCAAUUUCCUGGUCAUUGUCCUGAUGUAUUUCUUCCCACGGCAGCUCCUGAUCCGUUACUUCUGGACGCCCAAGCAGCAGCUGGAGUUCCUGGACGCGUACGAUCGCAUCCGCAGGGACUCGUACGGGGCCGUGCUGCGGAGCCUGGCGCUGGCAGCGUGCUCCCUGCCCGAGCCCCAGCCCCUGCAGCAGCUCUGUGCCCAGGUGCAGGGAGGUGCUCGGCCACACCUGGCCCAGCUCUUGGCUGUGAGGAAUUUGUUCUCUGGGUCUCUGCUGGCGCUGAACAGGCUCCAGGUGGAUCAUGUGCGAGCCCUGAGCCGGGUGCUGUUCCUGACCCCACAUUUACCGGCCUUUUUCCUGCGGCACCGCCUGCGGAGCCACGUCCUGGAGAUCCGACACCUGGACCGUGCCCUGCUGCAGCUGGGGCUGGGGCAGCUCUCUGAGGAGGAGCUGCGAGCGGCCUGUUACCUGCGGGGGCUGAACUCCACUCACCUGGGCCAGGCCGAGUGCCGGGCGUGGCUGGAGCAGUGGCUCAGGCUCUCCUGUGAGCUCCAAGCCUCGGAAGCGUCACUGCUGGCCCACAGCAUGGUCCUGCUGUCCCUCAACUCCAGCCGGCCCCCGGAGUGACAUCCCCGGCCCCUGGAGUGACAGUGACACCCCCGGAGUGACAGUGACACCCCCGGAGUGACAUCCCCGGCCCCCGGAGUGACAGUGACAUCCCCGGAGUGACAGUGACAGUGACACCCCCGAGCCCUGGCGGAUGGAGGGGUGGCAGCUGCGUGUCCCUCACCUCAGCCUUGUGAUUCCCAGCCCAAAUUCAGCUCUGCCUGAGCCGUGCUGGGCGUUCCCUUCCCUCGGAGCCCUCGGAGCGGGGCCACAGCCAGGAGAGGCUGUUCAGUAAUUAACUGCACCUCAUUAAGGGAGAGAGCUGCUCCCAGAGCCGGGGAUGUUCCUGUGGGAUCUGCUCCCUGCUUCCCAUGGGAUUUGGUGCCUGGGACUCCUUCCUGGAGGGUUUUUCCUCAGUUUCUUUUCUCUGCUGCACAGUCUUAAAUGUCACACCCCGCCCUCAGGGCUUGAGGUGAAGCCUCCAAUUCCCCCCUGGAGCCUCCCGGAUCCCUGUGGGACCUUCCUGAGAGCUUUGUGGGGUGCUGGAUUUGGCUCAGGAGGUGCUUUGGGGAGGGGGUCGGGGCUGGGGGUGCCACUCAGGGGUGGGAAGGGCCGAGUGGGGGGUCCCAGGACUGCACCCCCCAAAUUCAGCCUCACUGAAGCCCCUUAAACCUUCAUUUCCCACUCCAGGGACUCAGAGGGUUAAACCCCAGCCCUGCACGGGGAAUUCCUGCUGGCAAAGUGAAUUCACCCCAAACUUGGGAGUUUUAUCAAAGCCCGAAGGAAUUGGUGGCUCCGGUGUCUUUGGGGGGGCCCUCGGUGGCUCUGUGCCCCCUCGAGGGGUCACGGGCCAUGGGGACACCUGCAAAGUUUCCCUUCUGAAGUGAAUUUGGGGUAUAAAGGGGUAGGAGUUGUCCCCCUUCCUCACCACUUCCUGCUGGUUUCUGUGAAUUUCAGAGCCUCCCUUGAGGAAUUCACCACUGGGGGGUAUUUAACCCAUUUUCAGCCACAGCUCACAUCUAAUUUACCUAUUUGUUCUCUUUCUCCACUUAAAUAUUCCACUGAAACAGAGCAUUAUUCAGGAAAAAGGGUGGGCACAGCUGGAAAAAAAAGAUAAUAUUGAGGAGAAGCUUUGGAUUCACAAAGUUAGGGAAAGUAAAAAUGAAAAAUCCAGUGGGAGCUUGGAGGAAUUGAAGGAGACAUCUGGAUUUUGGGAGGCAGGGGGACUCAAGCAUCAGGAUCAACCAGGAUCUGGUGUUUGUGUGGAUUAAAUCCAAUAAAAAUUAUAUUAAAAUGCAAA